AGAGUAAACCGCGUCGAGAUGUAGCGAGCCGAGCCAGUCGCUCCCGAUGUUCCAUUCAUCCCCGGGCUUCGCGAAGGUCACCCAGAGGCAGGAGUCACAGAAGAAUCAGGACCGGAGGAUUCCACAGCGCGGCGCGCGGUGCGCGAUGACUGCCGCGGGAUACUGUUCCUGGCAACGCCGACAAAUCGAGGGAAGAUGAACGAGAUGGAGCAGAUUCCUGAAGGCUGAGACCGAGCGGAUCCUCGAGAUAUGACCGGCUGGAGAAUGCGGCCGACUUCAUCGGCGCUCGGCGUCAUCGCCAUUGUCGUCUCCGUCAUGAUCACUGCCACGGCGUCAGAAACGAGCAGCGGAGCCAUGGACCACAAUCACUCCCUAGUCGACCCAGAGGACCGGCGGAUCCCAGUCGACGACGACCCGAGGACCUUGAACUGGACUCUGGUCGGUGUCCCAGGCCUGGAUACCCGCUCGAACGACACUGCCAACGAGCUCGCACAGCUCAGCCUAUCGAACCUAGCUCCGUCGAGCCACAACGAGCCCGAGAUCGCUUCGGCAUCGUUCGGGGAGCUUCAGGGAGACGAGAGCGGCUCUUCGUCGGAUUUCGGGCCGUCGGGCAACAUUUGGGCCGAGGACGAGGACGCGGCUCUAGGAGAGGAUGAGCUGGACAACCCGCGAAACAAGGCGCAGGACAGCAGCCGGGAUUAUUCGGUGUCGACGGGGCCGAGCCGAGCGGAAGCGUCCACUCUCGGCCCCUGGGAGGAUCAAGUCCCUUGGAGAAGCGAGUUGGAAGACGUCCAGGUGGAGGACGAGGGUUUAGCCGCCGUUUUGGAGCGGGUCGACGACGAGGGAGCCGUCGAAGCUGUCCUCGAGCCGCACAACAGGGAAUACCUGGAUGGCGCUGUUACCUGGAUCUCUGGAGUCGCCACAGACUCCAGGCCCAGCGAGCAGAGGAACGUGGAGGACAUCAGGGCCAUCUCGUUCCCGGUGCCCCCACCUGCCGAACAGUUCCAGGAUCGGUUCGACGGUCGGCAACACGACGAGGAGCCCAGAAAAGAGACCAGGAAGGAGCACGGUAGACCGAUGAACAAUCACCUCCUGGGCACCGGAAAGUCCACCAAAGCCUUCUACGAGAUAAAGCCCUCGAUCAGGACAGAGAUCGAGAACGAUCAGCUGUACCCUGCAAGCACACACAGGACGCUGCCCAGGAAAUUCGUGCUGCCCACCGUCGGCAUCGCCUACGGCAAGUUCGGACCGUAUUUCGAGGACGGGGAUCAGGACGCGAACGUCACCGCGAGGAUUGGCAGCACCAUGCUCCUCGAUUGCCGGAUCGGCAUGCUCGGCGACAAGGAGGUCGCGUGGCUGCAGCAGCACAGCGAGGACUCGUUCAGGCUGCUCACCGUCGGCAGGAACACGUACAGCGUCGACCAAAGGAUCAGCCUCAAUUUCCGGUACCCGAGCAAUUGGAGAUUACAGAUACGGUACGCGUCCCCGAGGGACUCCGGCCUGUACAAGUGCCAAAUUACGACGCAUCCGCCGAUGGUUAAAAAGAUUAACGUGGUCGUCACCGCGCCAGAGUUGACAAUAACCGACGAUUCCGGGCGGGUAGUGCCUAAAGAAAGGCACCUAAAGGCCGGGAGUGCUCUCAAGCUCAGGUGCGAGGUUAGGGACGUCCUUGAAUCUCUGAAGGAGACCGUUAUUUGGACCAGAGGGGAUGAAACGCUCACCGACGACGUUAGCGAGAACAGGACGACCGAGGUUUCAGUCGGCAAAGAGGUCCUCGUGAUCGUCAGCACUCUGAUCGUCGAGAGGGCCAGUCCGCGACAUGCAGGGAAUUACAGCUGCGUGGUGCCCGGAAAAGUCAACACCACCAUCGCGGUGCACGUGCUCAACGGGGAGCUGCCCGCGGCGGUGCACGAUGGCAACGGUGUCUCCAGGGCGUUCCUCAACCUGUGGCUAAUUCACUUAACGAUGAGCUACGUGUUCUCCAGAUGACAAUACUAAGGUCGUUGCAGCAGCGCCGAGGUGUCCGCCGGCACUCCGGAUUCAAUUUCGCGGCGCGGAGGAUCGCGGGACACGCGUCGACAGCUACGGCACACCUGUACGUCGUGCUGUCGAUGAGAAUUAACACUGAGGAACACACAGGACACGCAGGACGUCUCGUUCUGCUCGACCAGCUAUCCGCCACGGAUCGUCCUGGACCGAUCGAUCCAGAGACCGGAGCCGCGCGAUACCCGUUUUUACCUUUAAUAGACAUCCUUUGAUCGAUCGAUCGGUAUCCUCGACGGACUCUCGACGCGAUCGGCACGAAGGAUCGUACCGGACGAUGAUCUAACGAAUCGUCGACGGAAAAUGAUGCUUUUGGGGGCCCCCCUUCAAUCACUAUGGCGACGGGGACGUACUCGUUGUUUUCGUAAAUAUUCUUUUGUGUUGAAUCAAAGGAAUGAAUUAAGUCGAUCGAAUACAUUCAACUGAAGUAAAUAAAUUAAAUGAAGUUGAA